UAUCUUCUCCCUCAAAAACCAAAACGUACGAACGAGAUGGAUGGCUAAAACAAUUUUCUAGCCGUCCAAAGGAUCUAUGAUCCGCCAGAUGAAAAGUUUGAAUCUUGCACACGUUUUCUACAUUGGCACGUGUGAACGGACGGUGAUCUCCAUGCAUAUCGGCGGACCGCAGGUCAACUCCCUCUACCUUUUUUUCCUUGUUCAAGCUCUCUUUUUCCCCACCGCAAAAGAUUCUUUUUAAUUUUUCACGAGCUUUCGUUCCCUAUGCAUUGGAAGAGCCUCUUGGGUUGAGAGACAGAGAGAGAGAGAGAUGGGGAAUUUGAAGAUUAUCUUGAUGGGUUGUAUUAUUUUAAUGGGCACAAGCAGUGUAUCAUAUGGGGAGGUUAGUGAGAAGACAAUGGAAAGCAUUAGUAGAAUAAACAAGGUGGGCCCUUACAUAGGGCUUGUAGUGCCCAAUUCCUUUGAGAUGGCUCCUCUCUUGCAAUCAAAUAGCUUUGCUGCUGAUCAGAGAUUUCCAUACUUGGAUUUUGCUGGCAGAAGAUUCCGAAUUGGAAAGUUGGAAAAUGAAAAGAUUAUUCUAGUUAUGACAGGAUUGGGCAUGCUUAAUGCAGGUCUAACCACACAAUUACUAGUAAGCCUGUUUAAGGUGAAAGGAGUGUUGCAUUUUGGUAUUGCUGGUAAUGCAAACCCAAACCUCCAGAUAGGAGAUGUGACCAUUCCUCACUACUGGGCCCACACAGGACUUUGGAAUUGGCAGAGAUAUGGAAAUGGGCCCGAUGAUGAAUUGGCACUGGAAUCCAAUGGGGAUUACACGAGGAGAAUAGGCUACCUCAAAUUCUCCAAAUACAACAAUGUUAGCAAAAAUGAAAAGUCUUCAGACAACCUUCUAAAUAACGCGUGGUAUCAGCCAGAGGAGAUAUUUCCAGUAAAUGGGGUGCCUGAAGUUAGACAACAUGCCUUUUGGGUUUCUGUAGACAAGCGCUAUUUUGCUGUUUCGAGGAAGCUUGAGGGUAUGACGCUGGAAGGGUGUAUCAAUGCCACAACAUGUUUACCAAGGGCGCCUGUGGUGGUGAGGGUGAGAAAAGGAAGCAGUGCCAAUGCAUUCAUCGACAACGCUGCCUACCGGCAAUUCCUAAAUUCCAAGUUCAAUAUCACCGCAAUCGACAUGGAAAGUGCUGCGGUAGCUCUCGUCUGUCGCCAGCAAUCAACUCCUUUCAUAGCUUUCAGGGCCCUAUCUGAUCUGGCUGGUGGUGGGUCCGCCGAGUCCAACGAAGCAUCUGUUUUCGCAUCUCUUGCAGCCCAAAAUGCAGUUACUGUAGUCGCUAAAUUCAUCUCCUUAUUGCUUUCAUAAACUACAGAAUAAUCUGUGUAAGAUUUGACUAAAUAUAUAGAUUGUGUGCCACUACAUAGCUCA